AUGGAGGAGCUUCUGAAACACCACUUGUUUGCUACCCACGCGAUUGCUGCUGCUGGUUCCGUCACACUAGCUUCUUCUCUCACGCAUCCCCUGGACACGCUUAAAUCCCUUCUCCAGGUAAGCUGCAUUUAUGUGUGGAAGCUGAGUAGAUUUUAACUUAGAGCUGUAAGGCGAUCGUCUUCUAUCAACUUUCUACCCGUUUUGGUGGUUAUUCAAACCGUCAUAACGCCGGACAUGUUUGGCAUUGCGAUCGCUCUACUUGUCUUCUCUUUCUUUUCUACGCGUCUUUAACGAAUGGGAUUCUGAUUGAGUUACCUCUUGGUCUUUCGAACGGGGAUUGACUCACGAAAAGGUCGGUGCAGGUUAUCGCAAACAGACGAACCUUUCACAAGUGUUGGAUAGAGUUCGAUCCCUAUCAGGAUUUUCAGGUGAACGGAUACUGUCCGUCAUUCAUGUCUAUACGUUGUUCCUGUAAAAGUUUUCAUGAAAAUUUCUGUUUUAUCUGUCAAGUUUCUGGUAGACGCAGAUGAUGAUUUUAUUACUCGCUUAUUGUGCAGUAAUUUAUUUGGCGUGAAGAUCAUGUUUUGUUUUACCCAUGUUUUUUUCUAAUUAAUUUUUUUUGAUGGUAUGUCUUUCUAUAUACUCUAUUUAGUAAUUUUAUUUGUCAUGUUUCAUUGAUUUGUUAGGCUUAUACAGUGGGUUUGGUUGGUCAACAUUUGGAAGGAAUCUGGCAAUUGGUGCACGCUUUGGUACCUAUGAAAUUCUGACUGCUUUCUACAAAGGUACACUUUCAUGAUCAUGCUUUUAUUUUAGAAAUUCAUUAAAUUAAUUUAGCACUCCAAAGUUUUGUAUUUGAAAGUACUGAAAAACUUAUCCAAUAUAUUUACAACCAGCAAUGUAGUCGAAAAGUGUGUGAUUAGUGAUGAUCACAGCAGUCAGUGAAUAGAUUUUUAUUUGAAUUAUUCUUAGAGUUAUAGAUUUUUCCCCUCUCAAAAGGGCAUAUAUCAAGAUUUGGCUGAUAUCUGCACUUCGCCCGAGAAAUAACAUCGAGAGAUGCAGAUUGAAUGUAUUCUACCUGCCCAGCAUGUACGCAGCAUCCAUCGGCAAUAUCCAUGGCAUUAUCGUGGUUUCAAAGACCUGUUCUGUGUGCACAUGACUUUUUAAAAAAUGGAUCUUGGAUCGGGCCUUUAAAAAAUAUUUAAUAAAUUGAUCAUAUUCCAUUUAUGCUCAACCUAGAGAUUUUGGACGGAGGGAUGAUUGUAAUCAUUUCGAUGGCUCGUUCCCAUUUUGUUAAACCUGUUUUUGGACCCAAGCUGGCACAACCAAUUACCUGUCUAUUACCCUUAUCAUCAGAAAAGAAGAAAAAGAAGAACUAUCCCUCUUCUCUUUCUUGAAUAUCCUCCUUGUAGUCUGUUACUUCUUAGAGGCUGGACUUUUUCGUUGAUCUUCCACCUUGUGUUAUCUCUUACCCAGAAACAGAAGUUCAAUGACUAACCUUUAUCCUUUGGAGAUAGAUAUUUUUGAUGGAAAUAUAAAUACUAGCAGCAAAAGAGAGGAUUCAUCACUUUGAUCUGUUAGAAUGUGUUGGAGCGAAUAGCAGCCCGCACCUUCGAUCAUUCCAAGUAAGACUUUUGAUAGCCAACUCUCGUUUACCCUUCUUCCUAAGUGAAUACCUUCCGUCGGAUAUACCUUCCAUUGGGUCUAGACUCGGCCACUGCGCUCUGCCUGUUAAGUCCAUCCAUGGUAAUUAUUUUAUCUUCUAAUCUUGUCAUGUGGUUGCAUAUUUUUCUCCCCAACAUUAGGAAGAUUCCAUCUACGGGAACUACAUGACAAUCCCUUCUAUCAUGCUGUGUUGCAUGAGCCUUAAUAUAGGACAAGAAGAAAUGGUGAAUCCAUUUCAAAUUUGGACCCCAUGAAAGCCGCCUUAGUUGCGUGAUGCAAAUCUGGGAGUUUCCAUCCAAAAAGCAUUCCAUUUUUUUAAUUUUAUGGGCGCUAAAUUGAAAAAGUUACUUUGAGGUCUUAGUUUUCUGCUAUUGAAGUUUAUUUAUUGUAAUCAGUAUCUUUGCCUUCCCGCUUCUUCUUUUACUUUAUCUUGGAGGUUAGCUGCAGGCUGAUGUGAGAACUUCUACAAAAUUCCAUACGGAUCAUUAAUUGUUUGCCAUAAUAUCACAGAUGGAAGGGAGGAUAAUUAUGUGCUUGUUUCUGAGGCUCUAUCAGCGGGCUUUGCUGCUGGUGCAGUUGAGGCUUUUGUGAACACUCCAUUUGAGCUUUUUAAGCUCCGUGAACAGCUGAGCUCUGCUUCUUAUGUGGGAAAAAUUAGCCCCGGCAAGGUAGCGGAAGGUACAUCUGUGAUAUCAAAGUCACUGCCAAGUUAUACUCCUGAUAGAAGGGCAUGGAAUUAUACUGUUGGUCUCUUAUCUGUGCUUCCCAAACACUCCUGCAAUUUGGCUGAUUCUCUCAAAGAAUGUCCGUGGAUGCUAACUGGCUCGGGAAGACUUCCACUAGCCUCUGAGUUAAAGAGCCCUAUAAGUGUCAUAUCAUUGGAAGGUUUGGGGGCGAUAUGGAGAGGCCUGCGGCCUGGAAUAGCUCGCGAUUGUGUAUUUGGUGGUGUUUUCUUUUCAACCUGGCAAUUCUUGCACAUUGCAAUGCUCGACUGGAAAGCGGUUGAUAUGAGCCCUCCACCCAGGUUCAAAUGAUGACCCAGCUACAUUCUUUGGAGAAAUCAACUUAUGGAGUUUUCUUCCUUCUUUAGAUCUUUAUAGUCGACAGAUAGUGCCACAAUCCCGAUUUUCUAUUGUAGUUGUUGAGUUUUUUAAUCUCCUUAUUUCUUGGUUGCUCAUCUGCUUUCAUUCUGUUGUUAAUAAGCUUCUUGUCUCCCUUUAGCUUCCAUAUUGAUUUGAGAUUUCAUUUAUGUUUCGGUGUUUUCUCAAACCAUAUGAUCCUAAAAUUUCAGUUUUGUUUAACAAUUGUCAUUCUGCAGAAUCGUAUCACUAAAAUCCGCGAUGCCUGAAGCAGUGUCACAUCCAUUAGAUAGACAAACUGAGAAAUCCUGGUCUUGUAGCCAGAGUAUGAUCCGGAUGCUGGAGCCUGAAGGAGAAGACAAUAGCAGCAAUAUCAUUGAUGUGGAUUUAUAAAGACUUGGCAGUACUGCCGUCCACGGCUACUUUCUCUAUUACUCACAGGCUCCAACCACGUAUUUCCUUUAAACUGAAUAAAAAGAAACUCGACUCUUCUGCUACCAGUUGGUAUCGGCUCUAUGUGCCCUCAUCCCUGUAUAUGUGAAAAAGACCUGGAGAAGGAGUUAAUCUAGGGGGAUUGCAUAGUCUGGUGACUCUAUUUUCCAAACACGUUUAGGCGGGAAAGCUGUUCUGUGAAUGGAGUUAAUCCAUGUCAUUGAUAGGGUGGAAGAAUGGGCAAGGGUGCUUUCUGGUGUAGGGAGGAAUGGGUUAGAAGCAGCAUCUUAUCCUAUAUUUGUUCUUGAAUAGGGAGUUUUCUUAUCCUGAAGGAGUGCUUUCUGUACACAUGCGUGCAUCUCCUUAUUCAUUCCCUUAUUUAAGGAGUCCGUGGUACCGUCCACUUUCAAAACAAAAAUCCAUCUGAGCUUUUUGUUUUUUGACAGAAACAAAUAGUUAAUGAAUAGUUUUAACCCAUAGGAAUCACUUGUUGUGAAGUGAUUAAAUGCUGUAGAACUCUCGUACACUGCAGACUCGCAAAUUCCAACUGUUGAAUUCAGGAGAAGCCUUGGAGGGGAAACAUCCGUUUUUCUAUAGAAUAUACGGGUCAUGCCAUAUCCAAAAGAGUUGAUUGGUGAUGAUAAGUUUAAUCAGCCGAUACAUAGCUAAGAAACAGAACAAGUCAAAGAAAGCAAAAAACUAUGGGACAGGUGAUUUUAUUAUUUCUUCUUCGAGGAUUAUGCUUUUUUUUCUAGUUGAGUUUUUUAGGAAAGAGGUUGGAUAGAAAAUGCAGAAUGAACUAAGAUCACAUCAGAUGCAGACAUCUGGUUUAUUCGAGUUCCUCUCUUGGAUUGCUGUUUUUAGAUGCUGUUUGGUGAUAAAUAAUGGUCCAUGCUGUGGAAAGACCGACAAAAAGGAACACUUUGAAAUAGAUCUUUAUUUUUUGAUGGGGCAUCUGCUUUGUCGUUGUUUUCUCAUUUAUGUGAGAGUUGAAUAAUUUGAUAAUUGCUGUAUUUUCUUCGAUCUGUUGUGGCCUGUUUUUGAUGUGUCAGGAAUUGAUCAACGAUUUUCUAGUCAGCUUGGCAUAAAAUUUCUGUACUGAAUUUAUUUCAUUUUAAAAGAUAAUCCUCAUCCUGAUUACGCAAAAGCUGUUCUUUUUUCGACUGUAGUGAAAGGGUCGAUGCAUUAGUGCCAUACAUUAAUCUGGAAAUCAUUUUCUUGGUUGAUGCAUUACCUUCUUCAAUUUCCUCAUAAUUUCACUCUGUAAUAAUACUGAUUUUACAUAUUUUUUCUUUAUUAUUCAGGUCAAUUGAUGAGAUUGGCUCUGUGUCCCCUCUUUCUGCUUCUCUGGCGGCUGGUUUUUCUGGAUCAUUGGCAGCCGUUGCAUCCCACUGCUUUGACACCGCCAAGACUCGAUCACAGUGCAUAGUUAUCCCAAAGGUACUUGAUAUCAUCUAAACUUUUCCAAUUUUCAGACAGUAGCUAUCAACAGGAUUUAUAAUAUCUAUAAUUCCCAUAGUGCGAAAAUGGUAUUUUUUUAGUCAUUUAAAUCGGAGAUGCUAAUGUGCUGCUUGUGCAGUAUAUUUCCGUGGAAAGAAAGCUCUUGAGAUGGGAGGUUCCCGGGAACUGGCUGGAGAGGAAAACGGGCAUCUCUCCGCGAGACAGAAGCAUCCUGUUCCGUGGCAUUGGAUUGCGGAUGGCCUGUAGUGGGUUCGCCUCCUUUGGGAUCGUCGGAGGCUACUUGCUGGCUGUGAAAUACAUCCUCUGA